AUGGAGAGCUUGUUCGAACGAGUGCCGCCUGCAUGCGUGCUUGCUGAGUUCCUGGGGACCCUGCUCUUUCAGUUCUUCGGAGGGGCAUGCUCCUCCACAGCCGUCGCAAACGGGUUGACCGUAGCUGCUCUCGGCAACGGCCUCUGCCUUGCUGUCCUUGUCUACUCAACCGCUGGAAUCUCGGGAGGACAUUUGAACCCGGCUGUCAGCCUGGGCUUCUGGGUCAACGGCAGGCUCGGCAAGAUGAGGUUCAUGCUCUAUGUUGCGGCACAGCUCCUGGGCGCGAUUGUUGGCGCUGUUAUGCUCAGAAUUUGCCUCCCUCCAAGCUUUCUCGGCCAUCCUUUCGUAACUCAAGGAAAUCUCUCUGCUGCACAUCCCGUGCAGGUUUUCAUCCUUGAGUUCUUGGCCACCUUCGUGCUAGUGUACUCAGUGUUUGCCACUGCUGUUGAUCAAAAGGGCGCAGCGAAGAACGCAGCCCCUCUCACCAUCGGCCUGUCGGUGGCCGCCGGAAUCUUUGCAGUGGGCCCUUUCACCGGAGGAUCCAUCAACCCUGCUAGGACCAUCGGAGCUGCAUUUGCAUUCUGGGAUGCUGACAACAUCAUUAUCUACAUACUCGCCACUCUCGGUGCUGGAUUUGCUGCAGGAACCUUCUACAACUCUUUCUUCCUUGAUAUGCAAGCGCCCCAGCCCGAAGAGCGCGACAACGAGCCGAACGAGUUCUGGGACGCCAAGGCAAGGGAAAUGACAAACAGCAAGGCAACAAAAUCAAUGUAUUGA